AUUUUAGGUGCAUAAGAUAGACAUUUCUGCUCCUUCAAAAUUCAUCAACACGUCUGGAUCCGGCAAAAGGAAAGUAUUGGAAUUAGGGUUUCGAUACAUAGCAAUGGCAAUGGAAACUUUAGUUGGAAGUUGAUUACAGAUCUACAAACCUGAAAGUAAAACUUAUGCGGGAAGGGAAUGUGCUUUAUACUAAAUUCUCUAUGAAAAACUUCAUGGUACUAAAUUCUUCAUAUGAUUGUUUGCACACAUUUGGGAUGCGACGUAUAUAAAAAGAAGUCCUUUAACGAAUGUUAAACAUACGCGGGAAGGGAAUGAACCAUGUCGUGGAAUGAAUUUAAAGCCUCUAUGAAGAAUGUAUCUGCAGGCGUUUCCCAUGGUUCCGACAGUUUUGAAGGAGAUCAAAGCGGCUCUGUUUCAAGGAUUCAACUCAUUAAACCAACUCAAACAUAUCCAUGGCCGCCUCCUUCGCAGUGGUCUCAACCAAAACAACUAUCUUCUCAACAUGCUUCUUAUAUCAACCUUCAAGUUCAGCAGCCCGAAUUACGCAGAACGCAUAUUUUACCAAACACAAGCCCCAAAUAUGUUUUUGUGGAACACUAUGAUUCGUGGGUUGGUCUCUAAAGAUCGUUUUGACCAGGCUGUUGAAUUUUUUUACUCUAUGCGUGAAGAAGGAUUUUUACCGAAUAAUUUUACUUUUCCGUUUCUGCUGAAAGCCUGCACGAGGCUGUUGGAUAUGGAACUCGGUUCUAAGCUUCAUACUCUCGUGGUGAAAGGGGGUUUCGAUUAUGAUGUCUUCGUGAAGACUGGGUUGGUCUGCCUAUACGCGAAGUGUGGUGGUGUGAAGGAUGCAGAGAAAGUGUUUGAUGAUAUUCCUGAGAAAAAUGUGGUUUCUUGGACUGCAAUAAUAAGUGGAUAUAUUGAAUUUGGGAGAUUUAGAGAAGCCAUUGAUAUGUUUUGGAGGUCACUGACAACAGGUUUGAGGCCCGACAGUUUCACACUUGUUCGGGUAUUGUCUGCCUGUAUUCAGUUAGGGGAUUUGAGCGCUGGAGAGUUAAUACAUAAGUAUUGGGCGGAGAGUGGCAUGGGGAGAAAUGUCUUCGUGAGCACUUCUUUGGUCGAUAUGUAUUCUAAACUUGGAAGUAUGGAGAUGGCUCGUGCAGUUUUUGAUGAGAUGCCUGAAAAGGAUAUUGUUUCUUGGAGUUCUAUGAUUCAGGGUUAUGCAGCAAAUGGGCUUCCUAGAGAUGCUUUGGAUCUCUUUUAUCAAAUGCAUCGGGAGAACUUAAGACCGGACUGUUAUGCGAUGGUAGGGGUGCUAUCUGCUUGCGCAAGAUUAGGAGCAUUGGAUGUAGGGGAGUGGGCUAGUAGGUUGAUGGGUAUGAACGAUUUUUUCUCCAAUCCUGUUAUGGGUACAGCAUUGAUUGACAUGUAUGCUAAAUGUGGGAAGAUUGUUUCAGCUUGGGAGGUCUUUCUUCAAAUGAAGAAAAAGGACCUCGUUGUUUGGAAUGCCAUGAUGUCAGGGCUUUCCAUGGGUGGUCAUGUUGGAUCUGCAUUUAGCUGCUUUGCGGCGUUGGAGAAAAAUGGGUUGAGGCCUGAUGGGAACACUUUCCUCAGUCUCCUCUGUGGUUGUAGUCAUGCUGGUCUGGUUGCCGAAGGUCGCAGGUACUUUUAUAGUAUGAACUCGAUUUAUUCUAUAUAUCCUACAAUUGAGCAUUAUGGAUGCAUGGUUGAUCUUCUUGGUCGAGCUGGUUUGUUAGAUGAAGCCCAUUCAUUGAUCCAAAACAUGCCAAUGAAGGCAAAUACUGUGGUUUGGGGAGCUCUGUUAAGUGGAUGUCGUCUACAUCGAGAUACUCAGCUAGCUGAGCACGUGCUAAAGCAAUUGAUUGAAUUAGAACCGUGGAACUCUGGGAACUAUGUUCUUUUAUCAAAUAUUUAUUCAGCUAAUAAAAAAUGGGCAGAUUCUGAGAAAAUCAGAGCACUUAUGAAUGGGAAAGGGAUUCAGAAAGUACCUGCUUACAGUUGGAUAGAAUUAGAUGGAGUUGUUCAUGAGUUUCUUGUGGGAGAUACUUCUCAUCCUAUGUCGGAUAAGAUAUAUGCCAAACUCGGUGAAUUGGACAAGAAGUUAAGAGCAGCAGGCUAUGUUCCAAUUACGGAUUUUGUGCUAUUCGACGUUGAAGAGGAAGAGAAAGAAUAUGUGCUGGGCUAUCACAGUGAGAAGCUUGCUCUUGCAUUUGGUCUAAUAAGUACUAGACCAAAUGAUGUCAUCCGAAUAACCAAAAAUCUUCGCGUUUGUGGUGAUUGUCAUAUGGCCUUCAAGCUCAUAUCAAAGAUAACUGGUAGAGAAAUUAUUGUGCGGGACACUAACCGUUUCCAUUGUUUUAUUGAUGGAUCAUGUUCAUGCAAUGAUUAUUGGUAGUCUCUAAAACACACCUUGCAUGAGAUGACCUGGUAUCUUUUUAUGUAUUGCAUUUGUGAGCUGUACAAGAGGUCUUCAUGCAAGCAUCGUGAAUUCUUGCUUGUUAAGCGCAGGACAGGGUAAAAGUCGGAGGUAAUUUUGACAAAAUGUGGGGUGUGAUUGCAGUACAGAUGGUGUUAAAGUUGUUUGGCUGGUGGAAAUUCAAUAUAUCUGAUGCAACCCUUGACCUUGAACAUAUGCUGCAAAAUCAUGUGACUUUCUGUCGAAAUACUGGUUUACACCAUGCUGUUCAGCACACAUAAUACAAUUCAGGGACUCAGUAAAGCAUUUCGUAAGCUACUUGUUCUUAAUAUAUGGAAAUUUCUUUGUGUCAGUAAAAGUGAAUCUUGACACUUGAGAAUUUGGCUUUGCGGGGCUAGAAAUUCUUUCUUUUGUCUAAACAAGUUGUAUAAAGAUUUUGAUGAUCCAUUCUUUUGCUUGACGAUAUCUUAUUUAUGGAUGGUUUGACGUAGAAAAUACGACUUAAUCUAUCAGAAAAGCGGGGAGGUCCACAUGUCUUUGUAGCCACAGAAAAAGGAAUCUUAAGAUGCUCAAGAAUGACUUCAAAUUCACUGGAUGGUGUUCUCUAUGCAGUUGUCAUCCCCAUGAGACCCAAUCAGGGCACAAAGUGCAGGAAAGUGAGGGAAAGUGCAAGAAAGAUUCUAAUUUUCCUGCUAAACAAACAUGCACUUAUAGGAAUAUUUAGUCCCAAGUUUUUAAUGUCUCCACUUGAUUUUUGCAUGAAGGAUUUAUCUCGUUUGUGUCAUCAAGUGGAUUUAUCUCGCUUGCAUCUGACAUAUUUAUUAAGCUGUAGAUGGAUGUUUCAUUCAGUUGUAACUUACUGAUAUGCUCCAUAGAUGCCAUUGAGGUUUUUCAAUGUGCAUCUGCCAAGGUUGCAUUGUGGCAUGAAAAGUUAGGACUGCUCAAACUAUUUAAAAUGCCUCCCAACACAUUUUGAUUUCUUCUACAAUCAGAUGUUUGAUUUCUAAAUAACUAGCAAACGUGGUUGCUCUUGAA